CCGAGCGACAACACCUGCUUAACUCCUUCAUCCAAAUUGACACCCGGGACCCUGAGAAAUAUAGGCAGCAUCCACGGCGGCGCAUGCAUUCACUUCGACACCGAGCUGCAGCCAAUCCGCGGUGAACCAUCACGCGCCAUCUACGCACGCGUUUACGCACGCCUUCCACGUACACUGGCGGAUCUUUGCCGGAGAAAGGGCAGAGACGCGAUGUUUCUUCAAGUGACCGUUGCGCUGCUGGUUCUCUCUGGACUGGAGCAAGUGGUCGCCUCGGAUAGUAGCGACAUUUACGACACGCCGCCUGAGAAGCCCGUCUUCUCAAAAGGACGCCUCUCGCUGCAGAAUACAGCCGAGAUCCAGCAUUGUCUUACGAGUGCGGGUGAUGUCGGCUGCGGUGUGUUCGAGUGCUUUGAGAACAACUCCUGCGAGAUACGCGGGCUACAGGAGAUCUGCAUGACGUUCCUGCAUAAUGCUGGCAAAUUUGACUCUCAGGGAAAAUCUUUCAUCAAGGAUGCGCUGAAGUGUAUGGCCCACGGGCUUCGGCACAAGUUUAGCUGCAUCAGUAGGAAGUGUGUUUCCAUUAAGGAGAUGGUGUUCCAGCUCCAGAGAGAGUGUUACAUCAAACAUAAUCUGUGCUCAGCUGCUAAGGAGAACGUGGCCGUGAUGGUGGAGAUGAUCCAUUUCCAAGAUCUCUUCCCUAAAGGUCCUUAUGUGGAGCUCGUGAAUAUUUUGCUGGGUUGCGGAGAUGAAGUGAAAGAAGCAUUAACCCGUAGUGUGCGGCUUCAGUGCGAGCAGAACUGGGGAGCUUUGUGCGACAGUCUCAGCCUCUGCUCCACCCUGACGCCUUCACCCUCAGCUGACGAACAACGCCGCCCCUCGCCGUCUCAACCCCAGCCUGAGCACCCUCGCCACCUACGCCACGGUGACAGGGACAAACCCGGUAAGGCUGGGUUCCACGGCCACCCUCGUGGUCGCAGCCAGGGACUGCGCCGCCAGGGUCCAGAUACUGGAGUGGCAGUGGACCAAGAAGACCCCGAGGCCACUGACAUUAGGAGGUGAAAAUACAAGUGGUUACAACACUGAUAUCCCCACACCAUUUAAUAGCACACUUGGACAUUUACACAUGAACACACAGACACAAACUGAACAGAGGGGGGAAAAAAAAAAAACUUUUUCUGUGUUCUUUUUUUACCUUUUACAGUCAUUCCAGCAGUCCCACAUGAUAAACUUGCAGGGUAAUUGUGGCAUAGCAUGCAUUGUUACGCCUGACUACAGGCCACAUUUUUUUGUAAUGAAUAAUGAUUAUUAUUAUUAUGGUGAUUAUUUCUACUUUUAGGACUGUUUUGGCUAAUCUAGCAUUUUUUUCUAAUCAUACUUACUGUAAAAUGUGAUUAUUUGUAUUUAUUUUAUUCUCUCUGAAAUGUUGAAAUAUUAAAAUGUAAAUAGGAAAAAACUAUAUUUAUAUGAACAUGUAUAAAUAUAGUUACAAAUAUUAAAUAGUUAUGCGUUUGAGGAAGUAUACAGCAUGCUGUUUUUCUCACAGUAUUGCACCUAUCUCAUAUUGUGUUGUAGAUAGGAAACAUACACCAUUUGUUGUAUGCAAAUGGGAUUCUGUAUUGUAAUUAUAAAGAUACUUGAUAGUGAAAUACCAAUUGUACAAGUUUGAAGUCCAGUUCUGGCACAUAUUAAUUUUAGUGCAUUAUUACACCCACGAGGCCAACAGAAAAGUUAGGAAUUCAAAUGAACAUAUUAAUAAUAGGUAAACUGAGUUUGGAUGUCACCCAAAUCUGAAAAUUGUUGGCCAGUUAACAGUGCAGACACGAAAUAAUCAAUUGAACAGACGUGACGGAUGUAACGUCCAAAGCUGUUCUUGUGCACUGGCAAAUGUUUCAGUGUUACCAUCAGCAAAUGAGUACUGUCGAAAAGGGUCCCAGCAAGCAUGUUUUCUACCAAGAAGUGAGGUUAUUGAAUGUUCUGUCUUUAUGAUGUUGAGCCACAAAUUUCUUUGCUGUUGCACUUUUGUCAGCUUUUGUUGGACUGCUGAAAGUUUAAAAAAAAAAAAAAAAAACAUCUGACCCGCCAUCUACACCAAACACACCACUUUAUACAGGAUACCUAAUUUGACCAAGUCUCACCUACAUCACAAAAUUCUAUAUGGUAUUUAUGCUCAUUGUUCUGGACUGGGUUGAGCCAUGUUUCCCACUGUUUUUGUGUCCCAUGCCUGCUCGCACCCUUGAAAUUAGUCCUUUUCCUCAAAAGUCCCUCCCCACGGUCAGCAGCGAUGUGAGUUCCUGUUAUUGCGGCUGUUUGAGCUGCAGGCGAUACAGCAAGGACCCAGGAAGUGGGUUUCGUCCACUCAUGGGGUAUGUUAUUAUAAAUGUUAUAUUUACAGAGGCCACUAGAGCAUUCCUCUGGGCCUCGGCCAAGAGCCAGUAACUCCAAGAGGCAGGCCUGUGUAGGAAGUAGAUGGGAGAAAGGCCUUUUUUUUUUUUUUUUUUUUUAAAUAUACAAGUCUUCCCUCAGGUUAUUGACAUCUGCUGUUGACCUUUUAAGCCCAGCCAUGCAUUUACAGUAAAAAUAAGGUAUGCAUGACAAACUAUCCUCUAAAGCAUGAGGACAAUAUAGCAACAUAAAUUUCAAUUUUGUUUGAAGAUGUAUGACCCUGUAAUUUUGAAACCAUUACAAUCUCCAUUUUAAAAUUAAAAAAAAAUUCCCUUUUCUACAGAGGUUGGAGACCUAAGGAGACAUAAGCUAUUUUUAUUGAAAUGUACUGUAAAUGUGUAACGUAACAUUUUGUUCAAUGUAGUGACUUGUCUUUAUGUAUCAGAACAAUAAACUAACCUUGUUCCUUUUUUCAUCA